AUGUUGACUUCGAAGCUGGAAGUGUUAGUAGAUUUUGGUCCGAAGCCUGAUGAAAAACUAAUUGAUAUGACGGUAAAUCAACUAAAAGCCCAAGAUGGAGUAACACAGGCAGUUUAUAAAGAUGGAGCAGUUAUGGUGGAAACAACAUUACCAAGUAGCAUAAUAUUAGAUGUGGUGAAAAAAACUUCUGGCAAAAGAGCUGUUUUACAGGGGUUUGGAGACACUCAAUCUGCAGUAGCGAUGGUCUCUAGCCAGUCGUGCUGUAAAAGCCGUGUCUUAGGGGUCAUUAGGUUCCAACAGACCCCCGAGGGGCCUCUAGUAGCCGAUGGCAGUAUGGACGGGUUAAGUACCGGACCGCACGGGAUACAUGUACAUGAUGCGGGGGAUCUCAGUUUGGGCUGUAAUUCCAUAGGAGAUCAUUUCAACCCCUACAAUGCACCUCACGGGAGUCCGUCAGACCCACCGAAUAAGAGACAUGCAGGAGAUCUUGGUAAUAUAAUGGCUGAUGAAAAUGGACGCGCCACUUUCAGAAUUGUUGAUAAUGUUCUUAAGAUACACGAUAUAGUGGGUAGAUCGAUAGCAGUCACAGAGAGACCUGACGAUUACGGUCGGGGUUCGAGUCCCGAGUCCAAAAUUAACGGAGACUCCGGUGAAUCUGUUGCCUGUGGUGUAAUAGCUCGGUCUGCGGGAAUAUUUCAAAAUCCAAAACGCAUAUGCGCAUGCGACGGUGUGGUUGUAUGGGAUGAAAAAGAUAGGCCUCUAGCGGGGAAGGGACGGAGGAAGUGUUGCCAGGAUAAGGAUAGCAAUAGCAGGGAUAAUGUUAAACCGUGUUGCAAGGUG